AGCCAUGGCCUCUUCAUUUGAGUGGGCUGCCAAAAAUGUGGUUCGAGAGCUGAGCAAAAAUGGGGAACUGAUCCCUGUGGACAGCCUGAAGAGCUCCACCCGCUUCAGUCCCUACUGCCUGGUCUGGAAGAAGGCCAGGAGCUCCUUAUUUUGGAGAUCACAGUAUGUUUGCCUCAAUUUGACUCUCAAGGACAUUCUGGAUCCCAGCUCCCCAGAACCAGAAGUGACCCAGCAUGGACCAUUCCACUUUAAUGAUGAGGUGGAUGGGCUGGUGUCUGGCAGUUUGGCAGUGACUGCCUCUGUGCAGGGGAAGAUUUCAGGAAAGACCUCAGUGUCAAACAAAACCGUCCUUGAGGUAAAGACUCUCACCGUAUCCCCUAACAUCUGGGACAGCCUACAGAAGGAAAGGAAACUGAAAACACCAGAGCCUUCCAUCUUUCAGCAGCUUCGGAAACGGGGAGAGAACCUGUAUGUUGUGACAGAAGCUGUGAAGACCCAGAAAGAGGCCAUUCUGAAGAGGUCCAGAAAUAGGGAAGGCUUUGGAAAGAUCACCAUUCCUGGGCUCUCAUGUGUCCAGGGCGAGAGUCAGGGUCGUUUGAACACAGUGAAGACAGUGACUAUCCCUGAGAGCAGUAUACUUGCUUUCCGUGUCAAGUUAAUUAUCCAGGACCACUGGAGUGUUCUUCUACUUCCAGACAAGAACCAGAAAACCUUCCCAGUCAAAGGGCUGGCCUCCAAAUCCAGAAGAACUCUGUCUUGUUUUUUUCUAGAUGACAAGGAGACAGCGAUGGUCAACACAGUCUUAGGCUUUGAGCAACUGCAGGGUGAGGUAGAGGAUGAACAAAGCCCACUGACCAUGCUGGACAGGAACUUGCAGCACUUUCUACUUCAGGCUCUCCUGGGGCUCCUCCAGAGUGAGCAGGAUCUGCUGGACUUAGAAGACAUGCUAGAACAGAGUUUAUACACUGGGGUACCCCCACAGAAGGCAAAGGGCAUGACAGGCGAUAUCCUAAGUAACCUGCAAGACUGGAAUGGACAACUUGUGGAGGAACUAGCAGGGGCAUUCCUCUAUCUCCUUGGAGCUCUGAAUGCCCUGAUCCAGUUGCUACAGAAAAAGGAACAGAUCCUGUCCCAGGAGGUAGAACUGGUGAAGGCAAUUCUGAAGGAGAACUUCAAUCAAACCAAGAAGAAGCCUUUCUCCCUUCCUUCAGAGCUGCUGUCCUUUGUCCGGGGCCAGGACGAGGACUCAAUCCUGACAUGUGGCCUGUUGGAAGAGUGUGGGCUGUGGCUCUCAGGAGAUGAACCCCAAUUUACCUGGCACCCCAGUGCUGUGCACUCACUUUGUGCACUGUAUGGGAGUCUGGUGAUGCUGCAGGCUCUCACUGAGGCCUGAUGACCUAGCACCCACUCUCCCCACCCAUUUGAUACCUCCUCCCCCUAUGUCAGUCCCAGGCGCAGUGGAUUAGGGGACAGCCCUGUUUCACAUCACAGGAUCAGGACAUUUGUAUGUUGGGCCUUCCCCUGCUGCUGAGCUAAAAAGAAAUCCCCACUGUGAUGUACUAGACCAGUGGUCAUUCAGCCUCUGCUUGAAGACCCCAUUGCAGGGAAACACACCGCCUCUCAAGGCAACUCAUUCCCCUUUUGGACAGCUUUUAUUAUUAGCAAGUUUUCCCUAACAUCAAGCCUUCAUUCCCUGUCUGCAGCCUCUGUCCACUGCUCCUCGUUCUGCCCUCUCAGGUCAACAGAACAAGUCCAUUCCUGCUCUGCAGCCCUUUACAUAUUGUACACAGCUAGCAGGUCGCCCCUGUAUCUUUUCACAUCCACAGCUCCUUCACGUGGUCCUCAUGUGACAUGGACUCAAGGCAUUUUAGCCAGGUGGUUGCUCUCCCUUCACUGUGUUUAUGUAUAGUGUGUGUGUGUGUGUGUGUGUGUGUGUAUACACAUACAUAUCAAACAGGCCCAUUAGAUGGACAUUGAGCAAGCCCAGAAUUGAAAUGGAGGACAGCGGCCGUAUUGUCUCUGGGAAACAACACACAAUUUUCAAUAACAUGAAGCCAUGCUCUAACACAAAAGCUUAUCUCUUUAACACCAAUAUGGGAAAGUUCUUCUGGAGAAUCAAAAUGACAGACAACCCAAAGGACAAAGGGGUAGACACAUAGUGGUUAGAAGCAAGUUUCAGCAAGACCAACAAUGAGGGCUUGUGGACAAGAAGUGGGGCAAAAGCUCUCAUUGAGGAAAUGUGAGAUUGGCAAAUGAAAGGAGCCUGCUAUGGAGUGAGAGGAAAGGAUAUGAGGAGGGAGGUCAAAGUGCUGCAGUGUUAGCCACAAAAUGUCAACUCAGCAAAAAUUUUACCAUGCCAGGUCAUGGAACAGGAAAAAAAGAAAAAAAACCAAGUCCCUGCUCUCAAACAUCUCAGAAGCUAAGUGGGACACAGCAGGUAAACAUCUAUGUACAAAUGAUUGCAUGCACAACAAAUUAGGGGGAGUCUCUUCCUCACUUUCAUUCAUUAGUCCAGUAGUCUACAAUGUACCUACACAAUAUUCUUCUUAUUUGGCUCCAGACUUGACUUCUCCCAGGAACUUUUCACCAUAAGUCUGCCUAGCUUAAGGACAGACAACAGGUUUCUAAGAUCUCUCUCAUCUCCCGUCUCCUGACUCCCUUAAAUUAGCAGCUCAGAUUAUAAAGCCUAAGGUGUUAACUUGAUAAAGACUGAGAUUCCCCACCCCUACCUCCAGGCUUUUAGUACCUUCUCUUCCUUCAGAUAACUUGUAUCCUGGUUCCUCAAUGCCCACACAAGGGUCCCGCUUCCAGCAUGGAUAUAUUCUAUAAACACUGGGUCCAAUCUGGAUGUCUUGCUAUCUUUACUGCCACUUCUAAUUGUUUUACAAGCAUGUCCAGGACUUAGGUGUUAGGGUCAAGAGUGGUGGUUUCCCCCACCCUUGAUGAAGAAAAUAAUUUAUCAAAAUUAUUUUUGCAAAUGGAUAAUUUUGAUUACAUUAAAUUGAAAAGUUUUUGCAC